GAGUUUUGCCCAGUAAGGGUUUCCUGGUUACGGAGAACUCGCUAAGUUUAUGCAAAAUGUGGUGCAUAAAAGGACUGGACAACCCAAGUCGCAUACAGAAAGCGGUCGUCUCUGAGAGUAGCAGGACUUCCACUGAGUUCUUACAUCAAGAGGACGAUCCAGGUCAGUUGAAACAACAUGGCAGCUUGGGGGUGCACAGCUGUGUCCUUACUUCUGGUGACCUUGUGCCAGGGCGCACCAACUGAAGUCGUGCCAAAUGAAACUCCAGAUGAUGUUUUCAAGUACGGUUCUGUGCUAGAGAUCUAUGACUCUGGGAAAGGGAACAUCUACGACUAUAUGGACAUCAUACUGGCACCAGAGGUCGGCUUACAGACUCUGCCCAACUCAACCAAAGUCCCGGAUGGAAGUCUUUCUCGCGAGAAGAGGGUUGCAAUUCUCGCGACUCUCGCCGCAAUCGCGCCCAUAGCCAGCGCAGUGUUCGGGGCGGGAAGUUUCAUCUACGGAAUCGUCAACGGGCAACAACGAUUGGCUGAACUCAGGGAAAUCAACCGGAAGUUGGACCGCCUGGACAGGAAACUGGACGCACUGCAGCAACAGCUCGGUGACGUGCAGUUCGGCCAGCAGUGGCUGGAGGGCGCUGUUCUGUAUGGGAGGGAUAUUCAGAGGCUGAACUACUUUAUCAACUACUUGGACAACAACCUGAACCUGGGCAGCAAUGGUCAACUGGUCCCCGCUAACCAAGCCGCCAACUGGGCAAACGCCGUGCUCGACUUGAGCGCUGAUGGCGUCGGACAGGUACUCCUUAACCUUCACGACAUGAUGAUGGGCACUUCGGGAAUCUUCGGAAGAAACUCGCUCUUCGUGUUGUACGAGAGUCGCCUCGAUCAGGACUCCGACGGCUACUGGUCAAAGGUCAGACAGUUUCUGGAGUUCGCGUUCUCCAUCCAAACCGCCGGGUACGCUUCCUGGGCCACUGCUCUCAACAUCAAGGGACGGCAGGGUGAAGUUGCAGCUGUAGUUGCCAGGGGGCGCAACAGGUUAAAUGGUCAACGACAGUUCCUCCAACGGUAUACCAAACAGUGGCCGACUGGUACCUAUGGUUUACCCCGGACGAACACAGGCUGCCCUGUAGCUGCAGGCGCUAGGUGGCGCACGGGUGUCCGUACCCAUGACACCGAGGACGACGACUCCAACAACCAAUGGACGGGCGGCCUGCAUUUUGACGGCGGCUUCGGAAGAAACAACAUGCAACAAAAAUUCUGCAUGAAGACUUCCUCGGGAGAUGGAGAUGGCAGCUGGCCACGUGGUAGCUACUGUAUCUUCAAGAAGGGUGGCUGUCCCGGAGGUUUCCAGUCAGGUGAGAUCUAUUGGGACGAUGAAGAUGACGACAACAAUAACGGCAGGGGUGGCGAACUGCCUGACGGGACCUACAACCGUAACACCCUGAUCAGGUACUGCUGUCGGAACGACGGGAGCGCCAACAGACACAUCUCACUCCCCAACCGCAGCCCCUUCUACCUCUUCCGCUACAGACAGGGCUGUCAGAAGGUUGCCGGAAUGAACGUCAGGGAAGAGUUUUUCCGUUGGGACGACGAGGAUGACGAUAAUAAAAACCGCCGCCAGGGGGCGCAUCCGUACGACGAUGGCGGAAACAGCAAUCAUCGCCUUCACUACUGUUACUAUUCGUAAUAGUCUUGAGCGACAAUGUUUAACGAUUUGUUGCAUACAGCCAAUCCAGAAAUGUAUCGGCACACGUGUAUAUUAUAUGUAUAUAUGAUAUUCUCAGAUGUUUUUAAAAAGCACUGAACAAAUCAAGCAACAGGUCGAUAUGAUUAACACGUUCUUUUAGAUUUGGCAGUAUCACAAGUAACGUUACUGGGGAUCUUCUUAUUUUUUUGGUAGAGUUCUAGAAAGUUCGAUCACCUGUAAUUUCAUGAAAGGAAAACAGAAUAAAGAGCUUUAUGUGAACUACA